CAUUCCCGAUAAUUUCCCAUUGCGACGCGUCACAACGCCGUCCAUUGAAUAAAUGGUCAUGUAUUUAGUACAAUUUUGUCAGUCUUCAUCCGCUUGCCGGACGAUACGCGUAUUGCGCUCUAAAUUUUUUUAAGUUUAAUAGAAAACACAGUGACAAUGUAUUGCGAUCUACCAGAAUUCGGAAGGUGCUGUUUCUGCAUGCCUCUUAGGAAAGGCGUGUUAGUAUUCGGAUAUAUCAAUCUGUUUUUCAGCGCCUUCCUGGUUGGCUUGCACAGCUACGGUGUUCAUUAUCAAAAAAACGUCUUCUCCGUGUAUCACGGCAUCACGACCGGCGUACCCACGGAGCUGAGCAUCGCACUCUACUGCCUAGAAAUUAUACUAACAUCUUUUCUGAUUUAUGGUGCCCAUAAGAGAAUAAUCUCGUACAUGAAAUGGUUCUACUAUUUCACGGUGACGACAACUGUUGCGGCGAUACUCAUACAGAUACUGGAAUUCACAUCGUAUCGUUCGUUUGGAUUUAUCAUCGAAGUGUGCCUUUUCAGCGCCAGCGGACUGUUCAUACAAAUAUACUUGAUCCUUCAUGUGAGGAGUCUCAUCAAGAAACUCGAAAUGGAUGGCCCUCAUCUCUACGACAAUCCUCUUCAUCAGAUCGUCACCGGAGAAGCGAAGAUCGAAUCAAAUGGAAUUUACAACAACACUACCGUGGAACCAAAUACAGUAUAAGUCUUGUUAAUUUUAAGAUUAUUAAUUAAUUUCGCUAUCGUCAUUUUUAUUUUUAUUUCAAGCUUGGACUUUGUAUCUUCAGUUACAUGGACUGGAUUCAUAUAGGAAGUCCUGUAAUUUAAGAGUCAGGUCCAAAGGUUACUAAAUGUAAUGAUUACCGUGCUAUAGUAAAACCGUGGUAUGGCUUUUAGUUCCUACGGCCAACUGUGAUUAACAAAUUGUGAUUAAGUCGAGUUGUAUCUUAUUUUCAACUAUCUAUAACUUGGUACCGGUCUUUGUGGCGAGGCUUGGGGGAGGCCUAUGUCCAGCAGUGGACAUCCAUGGGCUGAUAGAAUAGAAUAGAAUAGAAUAGAAUAGAAUAGAAUAGAAUAACUUGGUACAAAUCUAUAAACUUUGGUAGUGUUAUGACAGGGAAUUUGGUAUUAGUUAGGAGUUCAAUAACAAUGCUAAAACUUCAACCGAGCAGGUGAAAUUGCUCGGCAGACCGACGGUUCGAAUGUUAUUGUUCUGAACUUGUAUAUACAUAAUAUGUAAGCUUAUCAAGAAAAUGCCGUUGGCUCAAUGCAGAAUUUUUGAAAUAUCUUUUGUUGUACCUAAAGCUACAUUAGUUACGGUAAUAAAUGAUCUUUAGGUUCGCUCACAGAAUUAUAGAAUAGGCCAAAAACCAAAUAAGUACCUAUAUUUAGAGAGGAAACCUGAAAAAGCAGAUGCGUUUUUAAGUCAUUGUAAAACUAAUACUGAAGAUCUCACUGGGCAUGGGACAAAUAAACAUUCUGCAAAUGUUGUAAAUGAAAGUAAUAAUUAUGGCGAUUGUGAAACAGACUUUCUUCAAUAAUCGGAUUAAAAUAUUCACAAGAUCAAAUGAUAAAUGUGUGAGUGAAAUAGUCGAGUCAAAUUAUUUUUAAAUUCACUCAGUUUGUAAUUUUCAUGGUAAAUUUGGUAAAUUUCGUAAAUUUGAUCUGAUUAUUGAAAGAACUCUUUAUUUAAUAAGUAAUUUUAGAAGUACCAAAACAAUUGUAAAUUUAACUUUGACAAAAAAAAAUUGCUUGCUCUCUUAAGGUAUUUUUCGAUUUUCAUUUUCAUGAAAGAUAAGAUAAUGAAAUUCGAAUUUAGUUUUCGCUUUGUAAUUAAAUGAAAUCUAUUAUUAUAUUAUCUUAAAUAACAUUAUAAAUGCGAUUUUUUUUGGGGACAGAUGUAUAAGUUGGAUACUAUUUCACGCAAAAAUCACUGGAGGGUUGAAACUUCACAAUAUUGUAUUAUACCUUAUUGAAUAGCACAUAUAAUUUUUAGAAUAGAGUUUUUACUGGUGGUAGGACCUCUUGUGAGUCCGCACGGGUAGGUACCACCACCCUGUCUAUUUCAGUCGUGAAGCAGUAAUGCGUUUCGGUUUGAAGGGUGGGGUAGCCCUGUAACUAUACUGAGACCUGUGAACUUAUAUCUCGAGGUGGAUGGCACAUUUACGUUGUAGAUGUCUAUGGGCUCCAGUGACCACUUAACACCAGGUGGGCUGUGAGCUCAUCCACCCAUCUAAGCAAUAAAAAAAAAAACUUUCUUUCAUGGCAGCUAAGUGACAUGACCCUGGUAAGAGGGAUAAUCUACUAUUAAUCAUGAUUCUUCGUUCGUUGAUAUGCGUACUAACAGAUCUAGAAAUCGAGUAAUAGUUCCUGAACUUGAAGCUGACACAAGCAACUGUUUAUCCUGUCACGUGUUUAAUUUUUUAACAAAUUUAACUCCAGUGAAACCACGGGAGACGUCUAAUUCAUACCAGUCACAGUCUACUUGUCCUGACUUAGUGACCGAUUCAUAAAUGAAGAGUAUAUGCGACUGAGGAGGUAAAUUUGGAAAUUUAGAUGUCUUUUAUGCCGUAGGCUUUCACUGGCGAAGGAUUUUCGGUAGAUUCGAAACCAACACUAGUGUGGUAGACGGGCAUUAUCUAAAAAGCAUGAAACUUUGUUGUCGUAGUUCCAUCAAAGUAUAAUAUAGAGCAAAAGUAUUUUCAAGAAAAUUUGUGGCGGUAAACUAAUUGUACGUAAGUUAAUUUUUUUUUCGCUUGAGAGAUUCGUCUUUUUGUGUUUUAUUUUAGAUUUAAAUAAACGCUUAAAUUCAGGUCGGGACCAUAGUUCCGUUUCCGUUAAAAAAACAAGUCUUUGGGCAAGAAGAAACUACUGAUUCUAGUUGAACUAUUGAUUUAAAAUGUAAGAUAUCAAUAAGUCAAAGAAACCAAAGACUAGUAGGUAAUGCUAUUAUUAGGUACGUAAUGUGUAAAUAAACAUGUUUUUGUAAAUAAAACUAUAAAAAA